GGUGAAAAUUUGAGUGUUUUUCUAGUAAAGCUUCUAGUGUUACAUGUAAAGAAUAGAUUCUGAACAUUAUUAAUUCUACUUUUCUUGGUUAUAUAAGAGAUGGUAAUUCUAGGUUCAGUUUCACAUAACUGUUCAGUAUACGUCUUAUGCAUGUAUUCUUUGGAAGUUCGUUACUGCAUGCUGUUGGUGUAUGCUGUUGGUGGUGAGAUUCCGGUUCGGAUAGAGGACCUUCUAAUGCAACUAUUGUUUAUCUUUACAAAAGUAUGGCUGAGAAGGCAGUUUGGGACAAUACAAAUGUGAAGCACUUGAUUGACAUAUGCAAGGAGGAGAUUUUAGCUGGGAAUAGGCCUGGAGGUUGUUUCACUAGAAAUGGUUGGAAGAAUAUGGAGGACAAGUUUUUGGCAAGGUGUGGGGUGAAAUUAGUAAAGACACAAUUGAAGAAUAAAUUGGACAAUUUGAAAAAAGAUUACACACAGUUCAUGGAAUUGAAGAAUGCUGCGACUGGUCUUGGAUGGAAUGAGGCAAAUCAAACGGUUGACUGCUCGGACAUAUGGUGGAACGAACACCUUGAGAGAUGCAACAACAGUGAGAGAGGUGUGAAGUGCAAUCAUGUCAGAUUCCGGAAACGUGGUCCAAAAUACCUUGAUGAUUUGCAUUUCUUGUUUGAUAAGGUGCAUGUCACUGGAGCUACUGCAUUCUGUCCGGGAGAUAUUUCCUCUGGUGAAUCCUCAAGUGACGAUGUGUUGGAGGUUGCACAGAAAGAGGAUGACAGUUCUGCAAUCAAGCUUAAAGCUUUGAAGAAACCAAAAGCAACCGGGAAGAAGCGCAAGCAGACAUGCGGAGCAGCUGAAGACAAGGAGGAGAGAAGUCCUUUUUUUAGAAUGUAUAAGAACACGUGCCUGAAAAUUGAUAGUGUAGCUGACAAGAUUGGAUCAAGUGUUGAAGCAUCAUCAGUUCAGCCAUCCAGCAAUGUCCCUUCUCUUCCAGAUGCUAUGAAGUUGGUCAAGGAGUGUGGUGUGCAGGAAAAAACUGCUAUGAUGCACACAGCUGCGUUGUUGAUCAUGAAGCCAGAAUUUAGGCACAUCCUUUUCUUACUUGAAACGAAAGAAGGCAGAUAUGACUUUAUUGAGAGAGAGCAUGAGAAGGAGAUGAAGAAGGCUGCGUGA